AUGCCACCCGUAGUUCAAGCACAAGGUGUUCCUGUGCCCUAUGCACAUCAGAGAGCAUUAAUACCUGCAACGAGAAUGGAGUUCCCUACUCAACGUCUGUGGGCAUUCUCAAUAUUCGUCUUAUUACAAGCUCUCAAGGUUGCCGACUUUUGGAGAGCCUACAUGGCUGCUUAUCCCGAACAGCAUGGCAGCUCCCUGCUUAAGUGGUGGUUCAUUGAUAUCAUCUACUUGUUCGCUCUGUACUUUGCUCAAAUCCCUUGGCUGCAGUUCAGUCUGCUCAAGACGCUGCUACUUGGUGUCUUCCUAUGCUGGCUUGAUGUGCUUGUCUUUACUAUUCCCAUUUACGGCUUUGGCUUUGUGUUGUUUAGAGGCAUCUUUGGCGAAGCUGCUAUCAAGAAGGUCAUCGUAUCCAGAGGCCAGCUUGCCAAUGUCAACAAGAUUGUUCACAACUCGUCGCAUAUUUUGGGUGCUCAUACUUUGCACAUCCUUCCCUAUGGUACUGCCAAAUUGAACCCGAGUGAUGAAGUAUACUGUUUAUCGACAAACGAAAUUGGAAAGAAAGACAUUUAUAUACCCAUCAUUCUGAACAACACAACGCCUCAAUCCAUCUUCGUUUCUCGUCUUGAUUUUGACACUGGCCUGACCACAGUCAAUGAACACACUGGCAAGAAUAUCCAGAGAGCAACUGAAAUCAAUCACGCAAAGGAAGGUGUCGAGUACUAUUACAUUCGCAUCAGAAAACCAGGCGCUUACAAAAUCGAUCAAAUCGUUUCAAAGCAAGGUGUCAGCAUUCGCCUUGACAACAAGCAAGCUUUCGUCUUCACCUGUCCUUACGCUCAUAUCAAGCCUGUGCCAGCCACAGAUUACUGUACUGGGGAUACAGAGAAUUUGCAGUUCCAAGUGAUGGGUGUUCCUCCACUCGAUGUAUAUUACACCAGAAAAAUGGACGACGGCAAUCACGUAAAGAAGCUCGAGCUCAACAGAAUUCAACCCGAUGACUUUGAAUCGCCUUUACUACGUCGCAUCAAUGGCCCCAAGACAAUUGAGCCUUCACUCUUUAGCAUCAAGCCUGAUUCAGAUUACUCAUGGGCUGCUGUCAAGGAGCUCCAUAUCAACCUCAAUCUCACACUGGAAACCGCCUCCAAACAAGAGUAUCAAUUAUCCAAAGUGAGAGAUGGUGCAGGAAAUGAAGUCGAUUUGUCCAACUUGGCAUCGCGAUCCUUGCAAGUGCAUCGUCGCCCUGCUGUCAACUUUGGCUGCAGUCAAAAGGAGCCCAUCAACCUUCUUGUCGGUGAAAAGUCGAUUCAUUUGCCUCUGGAUGUCCAAGGCUCUGGUCCAUUCCACUUGGAAUAUAAGUUUGCUGGUGCUGCUGACCAAGCGUUCAAGGCCAAAUUGAAGCCCCAUGAAAAGUCUAUCCAAGUAUCUACUCCCGGUGAAUACAGCCUUGUCUCCAUCAGCGACAAGUUCUGUCAAGGUGAAGUGAAAUUCCCCUCCUCCUGUCUUGUUGCUCAACCCCAGCCUCCUGCUGUCAAACUCCACCAUACUGCUAUUCCAUCUGAAUGUGCUGGUGACAACGAGAUUGGCAUGAAGUUUGUUGCUGAACUGGUGGGUGCUCCUCCCUACACUCUGGAAUACACCGUUAUCAAGCACAGUGGUCGCGCAAAGCAGGUUGUUGAUCGUAAACGUGAAGUCAUUGAUCGCUCUCGUCACAUUUUCUCGUACUUACCGAGCAGCAGUGGUGAAUACACGUAUGAAUUUACCACAGUGGACGAUCGUCACUACAAAAAGCGCUCUCUCAACAUCCCUCCCAUCAAGCAAGUGGUCCAUCCUCAACCUGACGCCAAAUUCAGGGCCAAAAACCGUCGUGUUCGUACCUGUCUCAAUGAGGAUUUGACUGUGGAUGUAGAUUUGCGAGGUACACCACCCUUCAAGUUGAAGUGGACUGUGGGCGAUCAAAAGUAUGGUGAUUACAUUGAAGACGAGAUUUACACCAUGAAGUUGCCUCCAUUCGAUGUUGCUGGUCAGCAUAUCGUCUCUUUGGUCAACAUCACCGAUGCCAAUGGCUGUACCAAGGAACUGGAAGCUCGUGACUACACUGUGGAUGUGCGUCGUGAUCGUCCUACUGCUUUCUUCUUGACUGACAAUGAACCCGUGCGCACUGUGGAGGUCACCGAAGGCUCCUCUGUUCAACUCCCCAUUGGCUUAACCGGUGAAGGCCCAUGGACAGUGUCUUACUACAAUGUUGAAAUGGGCGAACGCAGCUUGGUCACACGUCGCUUUGACAACGCCAAUGCUGAAAUUGAAGUGAGACAUGCCGGUCAUUACGAUCUCUUGAGAGUGGACGAUGCCAUCUGCAGUGGCGAUGUGUUGAAGCCCCAAUAUUUGGUCAAGUGGUUGGACAAACCCUCGCUAUCUAUUCCCAAGGAUCAAGCCAUUGAUAUAGGUCGCAACAUCUUUGAACGUGGUGCUGUAUGCCAACAUGCCAGUGACUCUCUCGAUAUCGAAUUCAACGGCAGUGGACCCUUCUACUGUCUCUACAAGGAGUACCGUGCUUCCAUUGGUGGCAUCCGCUCUCAUUACCUUGGUCAAGACGAAAUCACUGCUGGUAGCAAGCGAGUCCAUUUGCCUCUCAAAACGCGCGAAGCCGGAAAGUAUCGCUAUGUCUUUGAGAAGAUUGCUGAUCAACAUUACACGAAUCCUUUCAGCAUUGACAAAUUGGAGGUGCAUCAAAUUGUCCACGCUACGCCUACUGUCAAGUUCUCCAAGUCUCGCAGAGACCGUACCUUGUGUGUUGGCGAAACACUGGGCAGCAUUGAUAUGGAUCCCAUCUAUCUUGAAUUCACGGGUGUUGCUCCCUUCAAGGCCGAGGUGCAUGUUCGUUUGGAGUCUGAAAAGUAUGGUCGCAUUCAUCAGAUUGAAUCCAGCACCACCAAGUACAAGUUGAAUUUGGAUGACGAGCUCAAGGUUGCCGGCAAUUACAAGAUUUCACUCAAGAGCGUGGAUGAUGCUAAUGGAUGUGGUACUGAGGUGACUGACAGCGAGACGAUUAACGUCAAAGCACUGGAAAUUGCAACCAUCUCGUCUAUUGACACCUGUGAUGAUGUAUGUGUUGGUGAUAGUAUUGAUUACAGUCUCUUUGGCGUUGGGCCCUUCACUGUACAAUAUCUCUUUAACGGCAGAAACGAAAUCGCGAAAGCCCAUUCAUCCAAGCUUUCCUUGCUGGCCGAUAAACCUGGUAACAUCACUGUUGUUUCUGUUGGUGAUCAAAGAAACAAGUGCAAGUCGUACCCCAAGAAUCUAACAAAGCAAAUCCAUGAAAUCCCAUCCUCCUAUGUCAGUGGUGGCAAGAACGUGGUGGAAAGCGUCGAAGAAGGUGAUAUGGUGGAUGUUACAAUUGAUCUCAUCGGUGUCCCUCCUUUCGAUUUUGAAUGGCGUAGAUAUCAACUCGUGUGGGAUGAUCGUACCAACCAACAUCAGAAGGGCGCUGUUUUAGAAAGCCAUAAUGUGUAUAAUCAAAAGGAACAUCAGUACAUUAUUCGCACUUCAACUGAAGGCAUUAUAGAGCUUGCUAGUAUCAAAGAUCGCUACUGUCAAUAUCCCAUUUAA